GACUCGAGAGUACUCUGAGUCUGAGAGAGCUGUUUAUAAAACUCCAUAAACACGCAUGAUGCAUUGCAGAUGAGGAGUGGCUUCCUUCGAGUACAAAACCAUAGCUGAUACAGAUCAAGUCAAGCUAAUUCCUGCUCCAACGGUUGUAUUUCAGCUUGAGAUCAAGUCAAGCUAAGUAGCAGCUACAUAUACAUAGAAUAGAACCCCAAAUUCAUACAGAGGAUGGGAGACCCGAGUGAGGAGGCGGCGGAGAUUGAAGACAACUGGGCAGAAGCUAACAGUGGCAGGAUGAGUUGGAUCAUGAACAAGGGAUUGGGACUUGGAAAAAAAAUUAUGGUCACUGCUAUUGUAAUUUCUUCUGCACCAUUGGUUCUUCCACCGCUUAUGGUUAUUUCAGCAAUUGGCUUUGCCUUUUGUGUUCCAUGUGCCGUUGUCUUGGCAAGUUAUGCUUGCACUAAGAAGCUCAUGAGUAAGUUGCUUCCUUAUAGUACACCUCCUCUUUUGUUGGAAAAUGGCACAUUAAUGUCAAAUGAUGAUGAAGAAGAAGAAGAGCAGGGUGAGGAACAGGGAGGAAAGAUUGAUACCAAAAAGGAGGAAGGAUGGGAUAGUGGGGAUAUACUAGGAGGAGGCAAGUUGAGAAUCGAAUUAGUAGAGGAGGAAAAUGAGGAAUUUUUUGAGGAAGGGAGAAUUGAGGAGGGGGAUGAGUGUGUGCAAGAGGGUGUUGAGAAGAAUGCACAAGAAUAUUUUGCUGAAAACGAAAAUAGAUAUGAGGAGGAUGUUGGUGAGUCUACGGAUGUGGAGGAAAUGCUCAUAUUGGAUAACACUAAUGUGGUGAAUAUUGAAGGACUGAUUCAGGAUUAUAAGGAUGAUACCUUGCUAGAUGAGAAUUCAGUCAGCGACAUGUACGGAUUGGUGUCAAAUGUAGUUGAGGGUGCUGAGGAAAUAGGACUGACACCAAUUGAAGUGACUGCCAUAGUAAUGGAAGAAAGUGGGGAUCAAGAAACUGCAAGUAACACUGCCGAAGAGGAGGAAUUGGUGGAAGAGACAAGGGAAUUGCUAGAAAAAAUUAGGGAUGAAGGCAAUGCUGAUAAUGCAAUGGAUUUGGAAAAGCAGUAUACAGGAGAAGUUGAAGGGGGUAAGGAGGUAAGAGAUCAACAAUUUGAUUGGAAUGCGGAAGAGAGAGAGAUACUAGUUGAAGAUAAAAUUUCGGAUAUUAGAUUAGAAAAACCUACUGGUACCAUGGACGGCGGAGUAGGCACUGUUUCUGGGCAUGUCAAACCAACUGGAGAUAUAGGGAGUGUUUUGGAAAGCAAGAAUGCUGACAAUAAUUUAGAGGCAGAGAAGCCAAUAGGGGAAGCCAAUGAUGUUGGCAACGCUUUAGAGGCAGAAACGAGAAAUUUGAGGCCUGUGAUGAGCAGCAUCGUGGAAGACAAGCAAAAGCCUGUGAUAAGCAAGGAGGAAAUAGUACUACAAGGAGGGAGAGCAGAGGAUAAUGUCAAUAACUUAGAUUUUCAGUUGAUCAGAGAGAAGGAAACUGUGGUUUCCUCAAGUAUAGAUGCAAGAGAGAUUGCUGAUGAAAGUGGGCUUCAUUUGUUUGAUGAGAAGAAUGUAUCUGGUCAGCAAUAUACUUCUUAUGAAACUUCUGAAGGUCAUGGGGGUGAUGAAGGUGCGGAUUUCGCAGAGCUUCCUGUUUCACACAGGGCACAUGAAUCUACAGAUGCUGUGAUAUCUUCUGGAAAGGACGUCAGCAUGCAUCCAAACGGGGUACUGUACGAUGAGGCGAAAAUAUGGAGACAGAUUGAUGCUAUGCGAAGAAUAGUAGGAUACAAAGCCACACCCCAUGCAACAUGCAUAGAGGAACUCAAGGCUCUUUACCUCUUCACUGGUGUGGAACCUCCUGCAUCAUUUGGUGACCAUCCUGAUCUUGCACAAGUCAAUGAUAAACUUCGCAUUCUCAUGUCCAUAAUUGGAGUUAAGCUAGACUGAAUUGAUCCCGUGUAGAUUUGUUGUUUUAUCUGUUUCAACUUUCCAGUUAGAUGUUGUGUGUGUAUUAGUCUCACAAAAGUCAUAAACUAUCUGUAUUUUGUAAAAGAUUUGUAAAAGAAUUGGUUCUGCCGUUUGAUAAAGAAUCUCAUGCUGUUUG